GGCUGUUUAUAAUACGAGAAUGAGAGCUCUGCAAACCAGCCGUUUUGUUUAUAUUGAUUUUUUUGUGGAAUGACAAUGAUUCGACGUCAUAUUUGAGGGAGAACACAACAAGAACCUUUAUCGCCAUUUUAUGCUUCCGGGAGGAGCAAGGACAUUGGAUUUGGAAUCAGACGUCAAUACUGUAAUGUGUUUGUUUAGUUGCUUAUUUCAAAACUUUUAUUGGUGAGUUAGUAUAUAGUGGAUAUUUUGUUUAUAUUUAAAAUAGCAUUUUUUGUCACGCAUAGAAGAUGCGUGCUCAAAAUUUGCCCAUCCCCUCUUCCACACAUUCAAUGGUUGUGUUUCUACGCUUUUAUUUUGAAAAGUGUUACCGGAAACUAAUGGAUCAUCCGAUGACUUGAUGUCGAUCCGUGCGCAGCAGUAAGCGGACUGCCGCCACAGUGGAAAGAGGAGAGAGGGAGCAGAGGUGGAGGGGACGAGGGAAAAAAGCAGCGGAAUGGUGUAAAAGCCGAGUGAGAGCUGAGCAACAUCCAGACGACUAGUGCUGCUGCUCUUCGUCUUUUUCUUUCUCUCACUGACCCGUCCAGCUCUGCCUUUUGGAUGCCGUCCUCACGGAGUUUUGUCCCCAUACUGGACUUAUUCUUCCUGGUGGGCUGAACCAUGCAGAGGCUGCUGCUGCUCCUCACUUUGCUGCUGACUUUACAAACUGCGUGGACCGCGAGGUUCUCCCAGGAACCGGCAGACCAGUCGGUGGUGCGGGGCCAGCGGGUGAUCCUGUCCUGCGUCGUCUUCAACUACUCGGGGAUUGUUCAGUGGACCAAAGAUGGGCUCGCGCUUGGCAUCGGCGAGGACCUGCGGGCCUGGCCUCGGUACCGAGUGCUGCGGGUUCAGGAGCUGGGCCAGUACAACCUCGAGAUCCUGUCGGCUGACCUGUCUGACGACUCCUUGUACGAGUGCCAGGCCCCCGAUGCCGCCUUGAGGUCCAGGAGGGCCAAGCUCACCGUCCUCAUCCCUCCAGAUGACCCGGUGAUCGACGGCGGUCCGGAGGUUCUCCUCAACGCGGGGGAGUCCUACAACCUCAGCUGUGUGUCCCGGGGUGCUAAACCACCUUCCAUGAUCGAGUGGCUUAAAGAUGGGCUGCCCAUAGACGGGGCCGUCAGCGCCACCGAGGUUCUUCCAGACCGUAAGAGGGUGACCACGCGCAGCUUCCUUCCUAUCCACCCCAUCGACAUAGACACGGGGAGGAACUAUAGCUGCGUGGCUUCCAACCUGGCCGCCCCCGCGGGCAGGAGCACAACCGUUACGCUCAAUGUGCAUCAUCCUCCAACAGUGACUUUGUCCAUCGAACCUCGUUCGGUCAUGGAGGGCGACAGGGUCGCCUUUACUUGUCAGGCUCAUGCUAAUCCCCCUAUUAUGGGCUACAGGUGGGCCAAAGGUGGCGUGGUUCUGCAGGGUGCCAGGGAGAGUGUGUUCACCACCAAAGCGGACCACUCCUUCUUCACCGAACCCGUCUCAUGCUUGGUCUUCAACGCGGUGGGAAAGACCAACGUCAGCAUCCUCGUGGACGUUCACUUUGGUCCCAUUCUCUUGGUGGAGCCUCAACCCAAAACGGUGGACGUCGACUCCGACGUCACCCUUAACUGCAAAUGGGCCGGGAACCCUCCGCUCACUCUCACGUGGUUCAAGAAAGGUUCCAACAUGGUCCUGAGUAACGGCAACCAACUGUACCUGAAGUCGGUGAGCCAGGCCGACGCAGGCCAGUACGUAUGCAAGGCCAUCGUGCCGCGGAUUGGCGUCGGAGAGACGGAGGUCACCCUCACUGUCAACGGCCCGCCCAUUAUCUCCAGCAAAGCCAUCCAGUAUGCGGUGCGAGGGGAGCGAGGCGAGGUGAAAUGCUACAUUGCGAGCACGCCCCCUCCAGAUAAGAUUGUGUGGGCGUGGAAGGAGAACGUGUGGGAGGAGGAGAAGGGCACGCUUCUGGAGCGCUACACGGUGGAGCAAAGCCGAACGUCGGCCGAGGGCGGCGGCGUCCUUUCCACCCUCACCAUCAACAACGUGAUGGAGUCCGACUUCCUGAGCUCCUACAACUGCACGGCUUCCAACUCCUUCGGGCCCGGCACGAUGAUCAUCACCUUGGAAGAAGCGGAGGAGGUCCCGGUGGGGAUCAUCGCCGCUGGCACGGUGGGCUCCACCAUCCUCUUGUUCAUCUUCCUCCUGAUCCUCGUACUCAUCUUUUACCGUCAACGCAAAGGCAGUCGGCGAGGGGUGACGCUGGGAAAGCCGGACAUUAAGGUGGAAACCAUAAACAAGGAGAGCCACAGCUUGGAGGAAGACACGGGCAGCGUGUCCACGGCCUCGCGGAUGGUGAAGGCCAUGUACUCGUUUCUCCCCUCUGUGUCCUUCUCUCCCUCCAAUCAGCCCUUUAAGGACGACAUCGAGCUCAAGUCGGACCUGCGCAGCGACACCCUGGACACCCGCCAGGAGUACGACCUGAAGGAUCCCACCAACGGCUACUACAACGUACGAGCUUCCACGCUUGACGAGGGCCGGCCCGCUUCCCGUUCCACCGUGCACUACUCCGACUACCGCUCCCCGACGGGAACCCCUGGUGGUGCCGCGUCCAUUAGCGGCAGCAGCGCGGGAGGCUCCGGCGCCACGGCCAGCGGCGGCGCGCCCGGCCCGCCGGGCCCCCUCACCUCCCCGGGCCGCCCCCAGGCCUGCUAUGACCCGCGCCCCCCUUCCAGACUGUCCCACAUCAGCUACGCGCAGUUUAACACGUUCACCCGCGGGGGCCAGAGCCAGCAGGCGCCCAGCAACCCGGCCCCUGCCGCCGCCGCCGCCGCCGGCGACUUCCCGGGCGACUGCGGGCUGCUGGACUCCACCUCCCAGCUAGCGUACGACAACUAUGGAUACCCGUCGCACUACCAGACCUACCGGAUAGGCUUCGCCCCAUCCAGCCUGGCCCCGCUGGAGGCCGGCCCCUCCUAUGAGAUGUACGGGGUGGGAUCGGGGAUGGCCGGGCCAGGGGUGGGCGUGGGUCCCGUGGGUCCCGGGGGUCCCGUGGGUCCCGGGGGUCCCGGGGGCCCCGCCCCCUCAGGCGCGGACACGGGACUCGGGAAGUACGGCAGCUCCACUCGCUUCUCCUACACGUCGCAACACUCCGACUAUUCCCACAGCCGGCACACGCAGCGGAUGCAGACUCACGUGUGAAAGCGCUCCGGCGGCACGAAGGAGUGUCUUCGACAUGGCAUUGCAGCUACAACCAACACACACAUAUUUACACGCACACACCAACACGCUCCGGUGAACAGAAUACGGCACACACGCGUGCCGGGAAAGGCAGACAAAAGUGUGGGCGCCCGACUGCGCGCUGGCCAACGUGUUUGGAAACUCGGCGAGAGCGGACGGCGUGAGUCACGAUCAUGACGAGGAUGGACGACGAGGAUUUUUGCUUUGGGUUGCCGGACUGCGUCUUGAGUUCCCACGAAACGAAUCGCGCUCCACUACGGGCUGAAAGAACGGCGCAGGGUUGCGAACUCUGGCGGAGGCGCGACCCGUUCAAAGUCUGACACGGUACAUGUGAUUGGGAGAAACCUCAGAGGGCGGGAGUCGUUUAUGGCUGCCAUCUUUUCUUGUCCAAUGUUUCCCAUCAUGCUUAUUAGUAGGGAUGCUCAACACCACUGUUUUUGUUUUUUUCAGUUCGGUACCGGUUCUGGUUUUUAUUCACCAAGUCCCGAUACCACUUGAUGGCUCGUAAAAUUCGAAUGAACACCAUGACAAUUAAUUCGAAUCCAUUUCUGCCUUCCCAGCGCACAUGAUGACUCACCGAUGUGUUAAACGGCUGCAAGGUAGCACCGAGGAAGACUUAGAUCAUUUUUUCGCUUUAAGUAUCGAUGACUAAUAUCGGUAUCGGGACUGGCUCAUCCCCUACGUAUUCGCCGGGGGAAAGUGGUUGUUAGUAGGAAGGUCAUCAUCCUUUUUGCACCGCAUCAACAGUAUUCAUGCUUGGACGUCUCUCUUCUAUAUGUGUCGUCUUUUAAUUUUGCACACAUGACUAGAGCUUUGUAUUCUAUUUUUUAACAUUACAGAAUUAUUUUUGUCAAUGUCAAACAUAAAAUGUGUAUGUAUGGACCAAAUGUCGGAGGAGUUGUGCCAUCAAAAAGGGUAUACCAGUGUAUAAAAGAAAAAAAAAAAAAAGAACCAACAACCUAGUGCCAAGUGUUCAUAUUGUUCUUCACCUUAGACCAUGUACAGUAGUAUGCAGUAGAAGCUCCUUCUAUUGGCGACUGUUGCUUUACAAACCAGGUGAGGGACCUUGUUUUAAGACUUUUUCCUCAGCUUGGGCCUUUUUCCCCACCCCCGAGCUCUAAACUAAAAGACUGGUGCGGACGAUGAGAAAAACACAAACGUGGGGUUUAGAACUGAGUGGCCUUAUCGGAAGAACAUUAUCCUUUCUCAUCGUCUGCCUGCCAAAAGGGCCGGAAGAGAAUGUGUAUGGCGAGGCUCCGUGAAGGCUGUCUACAAUAUUGACAUGUAGUAGUAAGUGUGUGUGUGUGCGUGCGUGUGUGUGUGUGAGAGAGAGAGAGAGAAGUCAAGAUGGAGUGUGUGGGCAUUGGCACGCACAUCAAUUUGUACAGUGUGUUUGUAUAGAUGUGUGAAUGGAUACAUGCAUACUCCAAACCGCCUCUGACUCAUGUGUGCGUGGGAUUGUUGUAUGCCGGUGUGUUUCAAUAUAAGUCUAUCAUUUCUCUCACGAUCUAGUACUUUUAUACCUCUGGUAGGACUGUAUCCUGUAUUAUUGUGUCUUUGACUUAAGAAAAUCCCAAUGUUUAUGUUAUUGUACUGUUCCGUAGCAGGAAAAAAAAAUGUUAAAAGUAUGUUAUCGAACUUUUGUUUAAUUUCUCUACCUUCGAUAUUUUUUAAAAAUGUAUGUAAUUAUUUUUCCACAGUAUUACAUAAAUAAAAGCACUGUUUUUUUUAAUUAAAAAAAUAAGUAAUCUGUC